AUGAAAAAGGUGAGUAGAGCAUUGACUAAAUGGGGCAAAGAAACAUUUGGAGAUAUCUUUAAACAGGUGGCCACAUUGGAAGAAGUGAUUAAAGUCCAUGAGGCAGAAUUUGAACAGCAUCCUACAAAGGCGAAUAGAGAGAGGUUGCAGAAAGUACAAGCAGAUCUUAUCAGGGUUUAUACAGUGGAGGAAAAGUUCUGGAAACAGAAGGCAGGGUUACAAUGGUUUAAAGAAGGAGACAGAAAUACAAAAUUCUUUCAUGUGCUUGUGAAUGGGAAAAGGAAGAGGUUACAAAUCAAGAAAAUUCAAGAUCAAAAUGGAGUGUGGCUGGAGCAGGAAGAGGAGAUAACUCAAGAAGCUAUUAAAUUCUAUUCUGAUCAAUUUUCUGAGAAGCAGAUACCUACAAAUUUUGAGUUAUUGGAUCACAUACCCCGCCUCAUAACAGCUGAGCAGAAUGCACAAAUUAAUGAACUACCAGAGGGGGAGGAAGUGAAGAAAGCAGUGUUUGGGCUAAAUUCAAAUAGUGCAGGUGGCCCUAAUGGAUACACGAGAAAAUUCUUCCAAUCUUGCUGGAGCAUAAUUGCAAAGGAUGUGGUGCAGAUGGUGAGAUCUUUCUUUUGUGGCCAUGAACUUCCUAGAUACAUCACAUGUACAAAUCUGGUGCUUAUUCCUAAAAAGAAGGAGAUUGGUUCUUUCUGA